AUGUUCGGCGUGUUUUCGACAGCGAUCGCUCUGUUUAUCGUUCAGAUCUCAAACGUUGUUGUGGCAGGUCCACCUCCAGCCCAGGCGACCGCCCCACUGCUUGUUGCACAGCUCGAGAUGAACGGUUGGAACCUGGUGUUCAGGGCUACUUCCGGUAACGGGCAAAACGUGUACAGCGCAUGGAUGACAGGGCAGAACGCCUCCACGACCAAACCGAUUGACAUGUCGCGUUCCUACUCCAGCCACUUCCGCCAGGAAAAUCUGAACGCUACCUGGGCAAACAUCAACGCAACUUACGUGAAGUUUGCUCUGUAUCGUGACAAUCGCGAGGUUGGAUACGUCAUCUUUGACGCGCAAGGAAGCGACUUUAGCAACUGGUUCGCUAAAGGUAGGGUCGUGGACGCAAGCUGGUCGGACCUCACAAAGACAGCCACGUAUAAUGGCUUCUCCAUUUACGGCGAUGUCCGCGCGACGAUUGAACGUCGCUUUCUCAUCAACAACGUGUAUGGCGAAUGUCCCGGGGAUAUCGGGCAUGUUGCGGUCAUCGAAAGGGACGGGAGUUGUAACAUGGACAAACAUCCCAGUUACCCGCAGUUCGUCUAUGCUGAUCUCAAUUCAGCAGACAUGUGGCAGAAACAGCAGUUCGGGCGGGCCGAUUACAUGGCAAUUUUUGUGAGCCAUUAAAUUUGAUUGCCCUAUGUAUAUUUGCACAUGUCAUUUUGUUUUUACCGCUUUAUAAGUAAUUUUGACAUUUUUAUAAGCAGUACGUUUGCAAUUUUAACUUAAUUAAUUUAGAGUUUUCCUACUUUCAUUGGUUGAUUUUUAAACAUGACACUGUUUUUAUGAAGAUAACAAAGACGCUUAAAUAAAAUGUUUCAAAUUUGCUGAAUAUAGGCAACAGUUUUUGUU